UUUUCCGCUCCAUUUUUUUUUCAAGUCGAUUUUAUUUAGAGGCGGCGCCAGGGCGGCCGCGGAGAAACGUGACACACCAGCCCUCUCGGAGGGGUUUCGGACCGAAGGGAAGGAGCCGCGCCGCGUCGUCCGUCUCCCUGCGCGCCGUGGGCACUUCUCCUGGGCUCUCCCCGAACUCUCUCGCGACCUCUGCGCGCCCUCAGGCCGCCUUCCCCGCCCUGGGCUCCGGACAACUUCUGGGGUGGGGUGCAAAGAAAGUUUGCGGCUCCUGCCGCCGGCCUCCCCGCUUCUCGGCCUAGGAGGCUCGCCGCCCGCGCCCGCUCGUUCGGCCUUGCCCGGGACCGCGUCCUGCCCCGAGACCGCCACCAUGAACAAGCUUUACAUUGGCAACCUCAACGAGAGCGUGACCCCCGCGGACUUGGAGAAAGUGUUUGCGGAGCACAAGAUCUCCUACAGCGGCCAGUUCUUGGUCAAAUCCGGCUACGCCUUCGUGGACUGCCCGGACGAGCACUGGGCGAUGAAGGCCAUCGAAACUUUCUCCGGGAAAGUAGAAUUACAAGGAAAACGCCUAGAGAUUGAACACUCGGUGCCCAAAAAACAAAGAUCUGAGUGGUUAGAACUUAGGUGUCAGCCUCAGCUUUUGUGGGAAGUACUAGACAGCCUGCUGGCUCAGUAUGGUACAGUGGAGAACUGUGAGCAAGUGAACACCGAGAGUGAGACAGCAGUGGUGAAUGUCACCUAUUCCAACCGGGAGCAGACCAGGCAAGCCAUCAUGAAGCUGAACGGCCAUCAGUUGGAGAACCAUGUCCUGAAGGUCUCCUACAUCCCUGAUGAGCAGAUAGCACAGGGACCUGAGAAUGGGCGCCGAGGAGGCUUUGGCUCCCGGGGUCAGCCCCGCCAGGGCUCACCUGUGGCAGCGGGGGCUCCAGCCAAGCAGCAGCAAGUGGACAUCCCCCUUCGACUCCUGGUGCCCACCCAGUAUGUGGGUGCCAUCAUUGGCAAGGAGGGGGCCACCAUCCGCAACAUCACAAAACAGACCCAGUCCAAGAUUGACGUGCAUAGGAAGGAGAAUGCGGGUGCAGCUGAAAAAGCCAUCAGUGUGCACUCCACCCCCGAGGGCUGCUCCUCUGCCUGUAAGAUGAUCUUGGAGAUUAUGCAUAAAGAGGCCAAGGACACCAAAACGGCUGAUGAGGUACCCCUGAAGAUCCUGGCCCAUAAUAAUUUUGUGGGGCGUCUCAUUGGCAAGGAAGGACGGAACCUGAAAAAGGUGGAGCAAGACACCGAAACAAAAAUCACCAUUUCUUCGUUGCAGGACCUUACCCUCUACAACCCUGAGAGGACCAUCACUGUGAAGGGGGCCAUUGAGAAUUGUUGCAGGGCUGAGCAGGAAAUAAUGAAGAAAGUUCGAGAGGCCUACGAGAAUGAUGUGGCCGCCAUGAGCCUUCAGUCUCACCUGAUCCCUGGCCUGAACCUGGCUGCUGUAGGUCUUUUCCCAGCCUCGUCCAGCGCAGUCCCGCCACCUCCCAGCAGUGUUGCCGGGGCUGCUCCCUAUAGCUCCUUUAUGCAGGCUCCCGAGCAGGAGAUGGUGCAGGUGUUUAUUCCCGCCCAGGCGGUGGGCGCCAUCAUCGGCAAGAAGGGGCAGCACAUCAAACAGCUUUCCCGGUUUGCCAGCGCCUCCAUCAAGAUUGCACCACCUGAAACACCUGACUCCAAAGUUCGUAUGGUUAUCAUUACUGGACCGCCGGAGGCCCAAUUCAAGGCUCAGGGAAGAAUCUAUGGCAAACUCAAGGAGGAGAACUUCUUUGGUCCCAAGGAGGAAGUGAAGCUGGAAACCCACAUACGGGUGCCAGCAUCGGCAGCCGGCCGGGUCAUUGGCAAAGGUGGCAAAACGGUGAACGAGUUGCAGAAUUUGACGGCAGCUGAGGUGGUAGUGCCAAGAGACCAGACCCCUGAUGAGAACGACCAGGUCAUUGUGAAAAUCAUCGGACAUUUCUAUGCCAGUCAGAUGGCUCAGCGGAAGAUCCGAGACAUCCUGGCCCAGGUUAAACAGCAGCAUCAGAAGGGACAGAGUAACCAGGCCCAGGCACGGAGGAAGUGACCAGCCACUCCCUAUCCCUUCAAGUCCAGGACAACAACGGGCAGAAAUCCAGAGUGUGCUCUUCCCGGCAGGCCUGAGAAUGAGUUGGGAAUCCGGGACACCUGGGCCGGGCUGUAGAUCAGGUUUGCCCACUCGCUUGAGAAAGAUGUUCCAGUGAGGAACCCUGAUCUCUCAGCCCCAAACACCCAGCCAAUCGGCCCAACACUGUCCGCCCCUUGGGGUGUCAGAAAUUCUAGUGCAAGGCACUUUUAAACGUGGAUUGUAUAAAGAAGCUCUCCAGGCCCCACUAAGAGGGAGGAUAACACCCCAGUGGGAAGAAAAAUAAAAUUUCCAUCAGGUUUUAAAAACAUGCAGAGGGGUGUUUUAAUCAGCCUUAAAGGAUGAUUCAUUUCUUGACCCUACUAACACUUUUCCAGUAUUCUUCCUCCUACUUGGGUAAUUGAUUAAAAUACCUCCAUUCACCACCUCUUUCUAUAUUUACACUAAUUGUUUUAUCUUUAUUGCUACCAGAUAAAAAUGGGAAGGAAUGCAUCGCUUUGCCUACAAUAUUGACUCAAGGUAAAAGAAUGGUCAGUGCCUAUAGAUUACUCCCUAACCAAUCAAUAGGUAUAAUAAGGAAUGAAGAAGAGGGAAAAAUGGAGAGAAAGAUGGUUAAAAUACAUAGUAAUCCACGUUUAAAAGGAGUGCCCCUGUGGCUGAUCUAUUCCAGAUCACCAUCUUCAAAUUGGCACAACUGAAAUUUCCCCACUGUGUUGGGGCUUCCCCACCACAUUCACGUCCCUCUUCCAUGUAGGUUCCACAUUAUGUCCAGGUGCACAUAGGUGGUAUUGAAUGCUCAGCAGGGUAGGGGCUGACCACUGUCCCUGAUUCCCAUCGUUCUCAGGCGGAUUUUAUAUUUUUUUAAAGUCUAUUUUAAUGAUUGGAUAUGAGCACUGGGAAGGGGACGCUAACUCCCCUUGAUAAAGUCUCAGUUCCAUGGAGGACUUGAGUGGCCCCAAAGGCUGCCACGGUGCCCUCACCCCAGCCCGUGUACUCCCAUAAGGGCUGGUUCCUAGAGGCAGGGGUUGUGGGGCACUCCCAGCCACGGCACUGUUUCCUUGGUAGUGGGACUUGGAACCCAACCCUGAACUCCCGAUAAAGCUAAAGUCCAUCAUCUGGCAAAUUCAGUAAAUUGGAGAGUACUUGCUUUUGUUUGUAUCUGAGAGGAAUUUUUAA